GUAUACUUUGGUUUGGUCGGACUAGAUCUCCCUCUCUUCUUACAACUUAUAUACCGCAGCAGUCCGCAGCUCGUCUCUACUACUCCUGUCUGUCUCAUCCACAUUUAUCGCUUUUUGUCCGAAAACCCUACCAUGGGCUCCGAGAUCGGCGGCGACUCCCUCAACGACCACGACCACGACACUUCCAGAGCUUUGGUAGAUACAUCCGCGCCCUUCGAGUCCGUCAAGGAAGCCGUCACUCUCUUCGGCGGACUCGGCUACUGGAAACCUUCUUCCAACCCAAGCCUCUCCGCCGCCCAGAAUGAAAUGGUGGACGAAGGAAUGGAUAUUACUAGAGUAGAGGAACAAGCUCAACAACUAGAGAACGAUCUGAUUGUCAAAGAAAGAGAGACACUUGAUGUUCUCAAAGAGCUGGAAUCAACGAAAGCAAUCGUCGAUGAGCUCAAACUGAAGCUGCAGAGUCAAGCAACUGAAGUCAACCUUACACUGCAGUCAACAGCAGGUGGUACUGGAGAGGAAGAAAAAGUAUUAGUUGAUGAAGAUCAAGAUGCUAAUCAUGGCGCCGCAGAAAUCGACACUAAUUGUCCUUCCUCCACUCCCGGUUUCAUUCUACUCGAACUCAAACAGGCCAAGUUCAACCUGUCUAGAACCACCAGCGAUCUGGCUGACAUUCGAACCUCCGUUGAACUGCUCAACAAGAAGCUGGAAAAGGAAAGAGCUUCACUUGACAAGACACGCCACAGGCUCACCACUAACUCUUCCAAGAUAUCCACCCUUGAGCAAGAGCUCCACAACACAAAAGUGAAGCUUCGAGCAACCAAAGGUUCCGAAAUCGAUGAUGGUUGUUCGGAGAACCACCCAUUGGAUAUAUCCAAGGAACUCCAACGGCUGAGUUCUGAGAUUGAGCAGUUUAAAGUAGUGGGGGAUGCGGCAAGGUCACAAGUGUCGAGAGCUCUGUCCGAGAUUCAACAGACGAAGACCAGGAUUAAGACAGCUGAGAUCAGGUUGGUUGCUGCUAGGAAAAUGAAGCACGCAGCUAGAGCAGCGGAAGCUGUUGCUCUUUCCGAGAUCAAGGCAUUGUCGAAUUCGAAACCAGAUGAAGGAGUGGUGACUCUUACGUUUGAAGAGUACUCGUUGCUAACUUGCAAAGCUCGCGAGGCUGAGGAGUUCUGCAAGAGAAAGGUUGUCAAUGCCAUGGUUGAAGUCGACGAGGCAAAUGUUUCCAAGAUGGAUGUGUUGAAAAAGGUGGAGGAAGCUAGCGAGGAAGUGAAGACUAGUAAGGCUGCAUUGGAGGAAGCUUUGAGUCGGGUUGAGGCUGCAAAUAAAGGGAAGUUAGCGGUUGAGGAGGCUUUAAGGAAGUGGAGGUCGGAGAAUGGGCAGAAGAAAAGGUCCGUCCAUAACCAUACCAAGUUCAAGACCUCUUGCGCUGCUUCAUACCAUCAUCGUAGGGAUUCAUCUUGCCUCCGGGAUUUGAAUGGGUUGUCGUCGAGCCUUGCUUCCUCGGAUGGACCACUACCUGCGUCGGUCCCUGUGCUGAAGACUACGUUGUCAAUUGGGCAGAUUCUGAGCAGGAAGUUGCUGAUACCUGAAGAGUUUGAGAGGGUGGAGAGAGGUGGGGCGAUGAGGAGGAAAGUGUCGUUGGGGCAAAUGUUGAGCAACAAACAGAAUGGUGAGAUGACGAUGAUGCCAAAUUCGAGCAGGAAGGCAGCUGAGUGCGAUGGUUCUUCUUCUUCCUCCUCAUCCUUGAAGCGUAUUUCGGGGAAGAGGAAGAAGUUCGGGUUUGCUCGGUUCUCGUUGCUGAUGACGAAGCAAAGUAAGAAGAAGAAGAAGCCUAGUUUGGAUCUGAGGUAAAAGGGCCAAUGCAACAGUCAACAAGAAUGUUUAAGGCAAGGCGAGUACUGAUUAACUCCGUUAAACUGUGUGUAUGCCUGUUUGCUGAUGCAGCUGUUUCAGCAGGCUAUGAUGGUUCAUUACCUAUCUACCUAUCAAUCGUGUUUGUAAAGCUUGUGUAGAGGCGAAACUUCAUGGAUAGUCGUACUUAUUUUGCUGAUGUACUUAUAUGCUAGCUGCUAUUUGUUCUGACUUGUGCGUUGAUUCUUUCUGUGUAACUUCGUGGGAGAGUGACGAGAGACCAAUGGCGGCGAACAAUGUGAGUAUUGGUUGUUUCUGAACGAUGUCAACCAUGAAAGAUUCUUGUUUCGGGUCUCGUUUUGUCACUUUCGGAACAUCGAGUUGGCUGGUGUCAAGUUCUGCUUGUUGGUUAGUGCAUUAUUGCUAUCAUAUCAUCAUAAUUUUAAAGGCAGAACAUACUACUGUUUUUUGGAUGGUAAACGUAUAAGGUAAAGGGAUGAAAAGAAAGUUGUGAAACAGGU